AUGUGUAACGCGGAUGAACUAAAAAAGACGUAUGCAAGAACAAAAUUAAAAUUUGUCCAACAAGCUAUAAACGCAGUGCGGCAUAAGAGGUGUAAUUCGUUGCCCUCUUCUGGUAUCAAGCAUGUUUGUACAAACAAUCCUCUUGUGCAGUCCACUAGUCUUGUACAACAGAAGUCAGCGAAAAGAACACUAAUGGCUCAGUUGGUUGAUGUUGCGAAGGAAAAUGAAACGUCUAUGCCCGAGAUUACAAAUGUUGAUUGUUCUCUUUUUCCUAAUGAUGAGACUAAAGUUGAGGUAAUUAAAGUAAAAUGCAAUUCAUUUUAUAAUAGUUGGCUACUUAUUAUAAAUCAUUUUUUAUUUCUUUAUUGGACGGAUUUUUUCUUUUUGCGUAAUCGAGAACUUUUUCAAAUCCGGUCCUCUUUAUUUCUGAAAAGAUUGCAUAUUUUUACAUGUAAAUGUAAAUACCGAAGCAACACAAAAGAAUUAAAAAUAUAUGACACAAAAGAACUAUUAAAUUAAAGUUCCAAACAGUAAACGUUUCUAAUUAUAAAACGUGACUCAUGACUCAGGCAAGUGUACCCGAUUUAACUCUUUUUCGACCACCCCCUUUCGCAUCAGAUUACGACACAAUUUUUCUAAUAUAAAUAUCUCGGCGAGUAUUUACCCCCCUUGUAAAUAAAAGCCACCAUUGAAAUCCUAAUAAAAUAACCUUUCGAACGGGGGGUCAAGUGCCAUCAGAGCAUUACACAAACCGAAACAAUCAUAUAUUUACUCACCGCUUGGCCAAAGAUUCUAGAUUUUAUAUCUACAAGAUCUUGAAUAUCUCUUGAACUUUUCGUCAUUUUCUGAACGGCUAUAUGUGUAAAAUACUCUUUGUAUCCAAGCGCUUUCGUGUAGAAAGUUUGGUAUGUAUACGCCGACUAGAAAUAUUUAUUUUGAAUUUUUCAAGGUAUCGGGUUUUAGUACGUUUUACUCGCACUUGCGAACAUUGCGCAAUAAUUGGCCAAUAAGAAGCUCUUGUUGGCCGGUAUGACGUCAAACUCACGCGUGUAGGUGCAAUUUGACCUUGCGAAUCCAUUUCUGGCCUUUCCAGGGUCAUAUGAUACAAACGUCGCAUUGUUUUGACGGUUUUCAGACGUAUUUCCGGUUGGGAUUAACUCACUUCGAGCUCACAGUCGGACAAGAAAUGGAAAUAUAUUGAUAAAAGAUACAGAUUUGAAGAUACAGGCUUGCAAAUAACACUCUAAAUAGUGUUUUUGAUGGGGAUUCGAACAAGACUAUAACAAAGACGAUAUGUGCGAAGGGGCCGAAGUUAUUUUCAGCGAAAGGUAUGGCUAGUCUAUAUUUUGUUCAGACAAUUGCGUAAUUUGAUACAAUAUUAUCGUGUUUGACUUUCAAAGGCCCAUAAAUCGUUACAAUGUUAAUAAUGACUAUAACUAUCGUUUGGAACUAGUCUAUCUUUUAUUUCUGAAUCGAUUGGUGGUAUUUCUGUCUUCAUAGCAUGCACUGAACCGAAGGUAUAAAAUUUUAUAGCCGUCGAUCGCUCAGGAUCGACGCGAUAUGGCCUGUGGCGAGAAAGAGUUAAGCAAGUAUUGUCAGAUGAAUAUGACAAAAAGAUAGUGAAACAACUUGCGUGUGGCAACUAUCAAUAUGUUGCGAACUUGCUAUGGGAUAGAACCGUCAUACGAAAUCUGCUUUUGCAGAAAAUGUUAAAGAAUUCAAGCGGAGUGUUCUAAUCUUUGUUCGAGUAAAAAUCCGUCGUUGCUUCGCCAUAUCUCUCCGUCCGACAUCGUUGAAUUUCAGGCUCGUGCUUUUGAUAGAGAGUUCAAAGAAAGGUCGCCCAUCUUGCAUAGUGUUUUGAAAGAGACAGUAAUAAGCACUAAAGCCAAGAACAGGGAUAAAGAAAGAUGACACAAAAAGUACGAUAAAUGACAGCUACAUAGCCACUGUUUGUUUGGCAGCCUCAUUAUUGCUACGCAAAAGAUGCAGCGCAAUGUCUGCUAUUGCUUACCGAAUGUCGACAAUGUUGUGGCAUGGUGGAGUGAAAACUACUUUUUCAAAGUUAUUACUUAAUACUUUAAUAAUAGAAACUUUAAUAUUCAUGAAGUUUGAAGUUGAUCGUGUUAAAUUUAUUCAUUAAUUGCUACUAUUCAGGUUUGAAUACUGUAUUUUCAGUUUAACCAUUUCAAAGCAUUAAAUACUUUUGAAGGGUAAAUUCCCACAUACAUUCCACUCUAUUUGUAUUCUAAUCACAAGUGAAAAAAGUUUAUGCUUUUGAACAUACGUCUGGAAAAUCACUUACGAUGUUUAUGUACUUCAAUUACAUGUCAAUUUCAUGUUACUCUAUUAAUUAUUAAUAAGUAAUAAAGUAACAAUAUUUUCAGUGCUACUUUCAAAAGAUACAUUUGAAAUGCUGAUGAAACGAACGAAACGAAAAUGUUGAGUGUAGAAAACCUAAGUUUGCAGUGGUGCACUGGUGUGUUGAAAACGCUUUGUGUUCAGUGUUUUGUUAAAAUAAACAGAAGAAAUAUUUUAUCAAGUGGGGACACUAAUAUUUUAUAACCUGACCAAAAAGCCUUCUGAUGGCAUGAUAUUCUGUACUUUCCAUUACCAGUGGUAUAACUGAGGCGUGAUUGAGUGCUCAGUGGCGGGGGGCCUCUGACAAAACUUAGACCAUAAAAUUUUUCUUGUUACAUUAAUUGUGCAAAAUUUGGUCCGAGCCUCAGUUAUAGAGGGCCAGAAAAUUUGCAAUGGGCCAGCCACCCCCAGUAGCAAGAAUUGGUAAAAUUGUGAAAUUUGGACCCCUUUUUAUAGGUGACCAUGAUGUGAAAAAUUUUUAUGGAUUUUUUUUUUUACAUAUGAUAGUCCGGAAAAUUUUGUUUAACCUUUAACACUGUCUAAUGCCUCCUUCCAAAUUUCUAACAGUCCAAUCUCUCAUUCCUUAUCAUUAGCUGGGAACCAGAUGCUUCAUAAAAUUACUGAUCCAUGCCCCAUAGGCUCCUCCUGUCUGAGAAAACAUGCCCAAUUAUAAUUAUAAUUAUAGGUAUAUGCAAGAGGAUCACAAAUGGGUUUUUGUAUGGGUCAUGUAAGUACUUUGACAAUGAUUGAAAAGUUGGGAAAAGAUUUUGAUGUUGAUGUAUUGAAGUGGAAAUCUCAUGUGGAGGAGACAAGUAAAAAAGUUAUUAUUGCAGAAGCUGCAUAUGAAGUUGUGAAAUCAAGUGAUGAUGAAUAUGAUGUUGCCACAUCAAUUAAGAAAAAGGUUGGCGAUGGUGUUUAUGAUGAAGAUGUAUUGUCUGCUGUCAUGGACGAUGCUAACAGCAGACAUAAUAAUGGAGAAACAAAGGAAGAGAUAUAUUCAGAUCUACUUCAAAAGUACAAAUUACAAAGAGCCCCCGGUUUCCAGAUAACUGGUGAUAAUGUUGAUUUGGUAGUGAAGGCAAAACAUAUGUCAAGAUACAAUCAGAAUCAAAGAAUACACUGGUUCAAUAUGAAUGCAGUGAGGAAUAAAGUAAAUGGGAACCACCUAUCUGACAAAAUGCAAACAAAAUCGAUAGUUGACAUUGAGAAUGUAACUUUUUUGCCUUCACUCAAAGACAACCAAGACUUGAUGCAUGAACUCAUCCCAUUGUUUGCCAGAUCCAUUGUUUUUAAUAUUCCAGCAUUGUCAAAAGUCUUUAGUGGUGCAGUUGUGAAACACAUUCCACAUAUGUAUAGUGAUGUAAUGAAUGAGAAGUCCGAGCAGUCUUUAUACACUUCUGAGCACCAAAAUGUAAUUAGUACAUGUAAAUGUACACAUGUUCUGUGCACAUGUUAUGUACAUUACCUCCAUAUAUUUUAACCCAUUAAAUUAAGUUAAAUAAGCAAUUAAUAAGUGACACAGCACUAGUAGAUUAAUUAACCCAUUAAUGUGCAAGACUGUCCCCUUGACAAAUAAAAUUGUCUUGUGCAAGACAGUCUAGAAUAUAAUAACAAUGUUUAGAGGGUUAAUUUUAACACUUUCAAUUAUCUGGUACAUUAUAUAAAUCAAUUACUGUAAUAUGGGUUGGUUCAAUGGGGUUGACCCUUUCAUUGAGAGUUCAACAAUUAAUUAUAGCAAUUUUGAGAUGAUCGAUCAGUUGAUUAUUUAGCAGCUAGGGUGGUACAGAUUAUCUACCCAAGUUGCCAGGGGGUUUUCAGGCUGUUUUAUGGUUAAUUUUUGAGAAGAAUGGUUUAAAUUACCACACAAGAAAAAAAGGGUUUUAAAAUUAUAUGUUAUGGUGUUAUGAAAACUAUUUUCUAUUAGAAAUUAGUUUUAAUAACACUAUAACAUAUAAUUUUAAAUAAAUUUAAACCUCUCUCCUUGACAAGUAAAGUUGCCUGACGAAAGCAGAUUUGCUAAUAGACCUAAUAGCCUAAUUUUCUCACAGCCAAUGUUUCUGCCAUUUAGGGGUGCUGUCUCUCACAAGUUUGUAUAAUGGUAAAUUUACAGUUACAACUUUUGAAAGUCACUUUUUGUUUGAUGGUCUGGAAUCUUUCACGAGCUUAAGAGCAGACAAAACUCCAAAAAUGGUGGAUGUUGGCCUUUGUGAGAAAGGCUAAUUGACCUGACAGUUUUUACUGCAGUAGUGUAGUCUUAUGAUUGCCUUUAGACAACUAGUGAUUGUGUACCUUAUUAUAAAGUCUGGGUUUGAGGUUGAAUUAAUUUGCUUGUCAAAUUGAGUUGUCAGGGGGAGUAAGCGCUGGCACUCAAUUGGUUAUAACCUAAAGCAUCUAGUCAACCUAUUAUGUUUCAUUGCAUCCUGCUGUGUCCUACUUUAUUAUUAAUUAUUAUUAAGUCCCAUUAAGGCCUUAUUUGUUAUGUUACUCUUAAUGCCAGAGAAUUAUCAAGUGUAAAGUGAUGGCACCAAUAAUUGCAGUAUUAUUAUAUAAUGUGAUAAGUCCUGAUAUAAUAAAUUAACAAUUAAUUUGAGAACUAAUGAGUGCAUAUAGUGUAUUAAGUGUGUGACUGUAUUUACAUCAAUUAAUUUCUGUAUUAAAGCUCGAGCUCCCAUCACAUUUAAUACACCCCACCUUGUUUCUACAAAAACACAUGUCUUUUGAUUAGAUAUAUUGAAUUUAUUUACACCAAUUUGUUUUAUAAUCAAAAUUAUAUGAUUUGUCAUAUAAAUACAGGGCUUGAAAUAACGUUCCCGAAGUUCCCGAUCAUGGUGCUUGGCAGUCAUAACUUUCCCUGCUUUUUCAGGUUGGAAACCAAGCUUUUCCUCCGAUCAUAAGCGUGCAAAUUCUUGCCGAUCAUUGAUUAUCGGCUGUUAUUUCAAGCCCUGUAAACAUUAUCCCCCUCUUUUUAAAUCCUCUCUCUAAAUACCUACAAAUUACAGUAACAUAUUCUACAAUCAUAAUAAUGCAUGAUUUUAUUGAGUAUAUAUAACACUAUAAUAUCAGUAAAGUUGUAUUCAACAAUGAAAACUAAGUGGUACGUAUUUAUACAAUUGAUUAUAUUAUUAAUAAUUUUAUAUAUUAUUUGUUGCUGUAUGCUUCACAGCACUUGAUUAUAUGACAAACUGGGGUUAUAUAUAUAUGCAUACUAUAAAGAAAACUGGCCUAAUAUGUUGCUCUUCUCAUUGAAGGUUCCUUUGGGGUUGUUGUUUAAGAAUGAGAACAAGACAGAUGAUAUGAUCGGUAUACUGACUGACCUUCAUAAUAACUAUCUCCCAGUUGUGCAACAUGGAAAUAUAUCUGGUACAACCGUCCGUCCUUGA